AUGCAGUCCGACGACGAAGACACGUCGUUGCAUUCAUGCUUCGAUUCGCUAAAAACCGCUGUCAUGGGGUGCUGCUAUAGUAUUUGCCACAAAGACAACGAUCCACAGGAGAACACAGUGAACGAAAGAACACAUCUCCUGGAGGUGACGGAGCAGCAGCAGGAGACGCCGGUGCCGGCCGCCUCGGCGUCCACUCCGCCGCGGAAACCUGAUGAGCAGAGCGCACUCAACAGGAUACUGCAUGAGACUGCCACCAAUGUGAUCGACGUAGGAGCCCUAGGUCCCUACGCGCUGGAAGCCGGGGCGUACUCUGAGCGCGUCCGAGUAUACAGUGCUCGGGUGGCAGGGCUCGGCGCGGCGGGGGCGGCGGCGCCACGGUUACUGGCUGACCUGCCACAUGCUGAGCGAGCUGCCCUGCUGUCCAAGCCACCACUAGGAGCUGGGGAUAAGGACCUUAUAACAAAUGCCGUAAAGAAAGCGGCCGCUGCGAUCUCAGAGCUCCGAGUGGAACAUCACGAGGACUUAGUGGUACCAUUCCGGGUGCCAUAG